GAGCCAUUUAUUUGACUUGACUUGAAUAGAUGGACACAAGAUAACCAACAAGUAGUCAGAGAAGAACAAUUCUACAAUCUCAUCAAUAUGUAAGAUAAGAAUUACCAAAGUUAUAGCCACCACAGUAAGAUCACAAGAAGCAUCUAAGGAAGCGGAAGAAGAAAGGGGAGGUGAAGCAAACCAUCAAAUAUGAUGAAAGACGCUUUUACUCAACUAGGAUCCGUAAUUGCCAGUGUUAUGUUCGUAUGGGCAAUAUUUCAGCAGUAUUUUCCGUACGAGCUUCGGAGAUCUAUAGAGAAAUACUCUCAAAGAUUACUCAGCCUGGUUUAUCCUUACAUGCAGAUCAAGUUCAAUGAAUUUACAGGAGAGCGUCUCAUGCGUAGUGAAGCAUAUUCACACAUUGAGGAUUACCUUAGCUCCAAUACUUCAAUGCAAGCGAAGCGCCUGAAAGCAGAUAUAGUCAGGAACAGCCAAUCACUAGCUCUUAGCAUGGACGAUCAUGAGGAGGUUGCCGAUGAAUUUGAGGGGGUGAAGCUGUGGUGGGCUUCUGGAAAAAAUAUUUCAAAGAUGCAGUCCCUUUCUUUCUUUCCGGUCACUGAUGAGAAGAGAUUCUACACGCUCACCUUCCAUAAAAGGCACAGGGACCUCAUCCUCGGGCAAUAUCUGAAGCAUGUUAUUAGAGAGGGAAAAGCAAUCAAACUAACGAAUCGCCAGCGUAAGCUUUAUACUAACAGUGGAUCCCACUGGAGGAAUGUAUUAUUCGAGCACCCUGCAACUUUUCAGACACUCGCUAUGGAUCCAGAAAAGAAAAAGGAAAUUAUUGAUGAUCUAGUUGCUUUUAGCAAAGCAGAAAAUUUUUAUGCAGAAGUUGGAAGGGCGUGGAAGCGUGGCUAUCUCCUCUAUGGUCCUCCAGGCACGGGUAAGUCCACGAUGAUCGCAGCCAUGGCAAAUCUUCUAGGUUACGAUCUUUAUGAUCUAGAAUUAACAGCUGUCAAAGACAACACAGAGCUGAGGAAACUUUUGAUUGAGACGACAGGCAAGUCAAUUAUUGUUAUUGAAGACAUAGAUUGCUCAGUAGACCUCACAGCACAGCGAAGGAAUACAAAGAAGAAAGAAGACAACGAGGAGAAGGAUCCAAUGCAGAAACUAGCAAAAGAAGAAACAGAUUCCAAUAACAGUAAGGUCACCCUCUCUGGGCUUCUAAAUUUUGUUGAUGGGCUCUGGUCUGCCUGUGGCGGAGAAAAACUCAUCGUCUUCACCACCAAUCAUGUGGAGAAACUGGAUCCUGCCCUCAUUCGGAAAGGAAGGAUGGACAAGCAUGUUGAAAUGCCAUACUGUAGCUUUGAGGCAUUCAAGGUUCUUGCCAGAAACUAUCUUAAGAUUGAUUCACAUCAUUUGUUUGAAAAAAUUCAUGGGUUGUUGGAGGAAAUUAAUAUGACUCCUGCAGAUGUUGCAGAAAAUUUAAUGCCUAAAAGUGUUCAUGUGAAUGCUGAAACUUACUUGCUCAGUCUGAUUGAAGCUCUCGGGGAAGCAAAAAGGGCAAACAGGAUGAAGGCAGAGGAAGAAGCAAAAGAGAAAGAAUCAUUAGGCAAAGGAGAGGAAGAGAAAGAAAAGGAAAGUUCAACUACAAAGGAAACUGGAACAAGCAAACCAGUAACUAAUGAAGCAACUGAGGACAUGUGAUCAUCCAAGGAAUAUUUGGCAGGAAAUAAGUCUAUACAUGUGAAAGCAUAUGAGACUAUGAUAGGUGAGAAUUUGAAUGCCCUACCAAUCAAGAUUACAAGAUUCAUGAUAGACAAAAAUAAUGGUUAAGCUUUUCUCUCCUUGUACCAUGAAAUAAUGUAUGCAAUCCAAUCUUUGAGCAGUUCGACACUGAUGUUGUGACCAA